CGUGGGCUGCUCGGUACUGAGGAAGCCAUCGCUGCGGUGAGUGUCGACUUGUUUAUUGCAAAUCUUCCCAACGAAAUACCUUGGAGCCUCCAUCUUGUGCGCAAUUCUCGUGACAUUCGGCUGACAAGUUAUCAACAUGGGCAAAGGAGACAAGCCUCGCGGCCGGAUGUCUGCGUACGCCUUCUUCGUGCAGACCUGCCGGGAGGAGCACAAGAAGAAGCACCCGAACGAGAACGUGGUGUUCGCCGAGUUCUCGAAGAAAUGCGCCGAGCGCUGGAAGACCAUGAGCGAGAGCGAAAAGAAACGCUUCCAUCAGAUGGCCGACAAGGACAAGAAGCGCUUCGACACCGAGAUGGCCGACUACAAGCCGCCCAAGGGCGACAAGUCCAAGAAGCGCAAGCGCGCAAAGGACCCCAAUGCACCCAAGCGCCCCUUGUCUGCUUUCUUCUGGUUCUGCAAUGACGAGAGACCCAACGUGCGCCAGGAGAGCCCAGAUGCCUCUGUCGGUGAGGUGGCAAAAGAGCUGGGUCGGCGAUGGAAUGAGGUUGGCGACGACGUCAAGUCAAAGUACGAGGGCCUGGCUGCCAAGGACAAGGCGCGUUACGAGAAGGAACUGAAGGCCUACAAGGGAAAGAAGCCCAAGGCUGCAUCUCCACCAAAGGAGAAGGCCAAAAAGAAGGAAGAGGAUGAUGACGAAGAUGAUGACGAUGAAGAAGAUGAGGUUGAGGAUGCUGAAGAUGAUGAUGACGACGACGAGGAUUGAGAAGCAUCACUCUUACGCAUACACUUCAUUUUCUUUCCCCCGUCCUCCUGUUCGUUUUAUUUCUUUUCCAGACUUCUGGCCUUGUGGCUAUGCCACUUGUGUUCAUAGUUGCCGUUUACUUUUAUUUUUGGUUAACUCUUCAGUUUUCUUUCCUUUUUUUUUUAUUUGCAGGGUCCCAGUUAUGCAUUAUUCUAAAACAGAUAAAAAGCUCUGAUGGGGCCCCAAAACGGGUGUUAUAAUCUUUCUCCCCUGUUUGAUGCAGGCAAAGCGGCUGCCUCCCCCCCUUUUUUUCCCCACUUACUUUUCUCCUCCCGUCUUUUGUACAUGUGUGCAUGUGGAGUAACAAGCAAGAUACUGUUUUAACUUAAUUACUGUAAAAAUUAACUAAAACGCUUCAUCAUUGGCGUACGCACUGUGAGCAUACCACAUCGUUGCCCAUUUUGAAGAUCACCUAGCUGCACCUCAAACUCGGGGUUUUGUCAUAUGUUUUUGCACUGAUGUGUGAUGUAAGACUGUAUAUACUUUUUUUUUCCCCGAGGCUUUGCUGGCCCACAUGGGUUUUAAUUUCCGGUGCCACAUGUACUGUCUCGGGCUUUCAGUUGUGUUCUGUUAUCAUACCUCAUUGCUAAUUCACCUCUUUUGCUCAUUCGUCAUUGCUAUUCGACAAGACUCAUUUUAGUGGCAUAACUAUUUUUUGUAUCGAUGGCUUUCAAUAAAGACAUUUAGUAUGUCGCAA